UCGCCGCGUGUGCUUCAGAGACAGUAGGAGCAGCAGCGUGGUGAUUUGAGAUCAGCCUGAGGUCUCUCUGUUUAGAGAGCGCCCAAACUCUAUAAAGUAACCGAUCAGCUGCCAAAAUGCUGGUGUUAUUUGAGACCGCUGCUGGAUAUGCAAUAUUCAAAGUCCUCGAUGAAUCCAAACUGCAGCAGGUCGACAGUCUGUAUAAGGAGUUUGAAACUCCUGAGAAAGCAAACAAAGUUGUGAAGCUGAAGCACUUUGAGAAGUUCCAGGACACAACCGAGGCCUUAGCAGCUGCCACUGCUCUUGUCGAGGGAAAAAUUGGCAAGAGCUUGAAGAAAGUGCUGAAGAAAGUUGUUGCCAAGGAGGCUCACGAGCAGCUGGCCAUCAGUGAUGCGAAGCUCGGUGGAGUUAUUAAAGAAAAGCUGGACCUGAGCUGUGUCCACAGUCCUGCUGUGGCUGAGCUGAUGAGGUGCAUCAGGACCCAGAUGGAGAGCCUCAUCACUGGACUUCCUCCUAAGGAGCUCAGUGCCAUGUCUCUGGGCUUGGCUCACAGUUUAUCUCGCUACAAGCUGAAGUUCAGUCCAGACAAAGUGGACACUAUGAUUGUGCAGGCCAUCUCUCUUUUGGAUGAUCUGGAUAAGGAGCUUAACAACUACAUCAUGCGCUGCAGGGAAUGGUACGGCUGGCACUUUCCUGAGCUGGGAAAGGUUGUCACUGACAACUUGGCUUACUGCAAAACUGUCCGCAAAAUAGGUGAUCGCACAAAUGUGGCCGGCUCUGAUCUGUCAGACCUCCUCCCAGAGGAAAUCGAAGCCGAGGUCAAACUGGCUGCCGAGAUCUCCAUGGGAACAGAGGUGUCGGAACAGGACAUUGGCAACAUCAUGCACCUGUGUGAUCAGGUGAUUGAGAUUUCAGAUUACCGCACUCAGCUGUAUGACUACCUGAAGAACCGAAUGAUGGCCAUCGCCCCCAACCUGACAGUCAUGGUGGGCGAGCUGGUCGGCGCGCGUCUCAUCUCACAUGCAGGAUCCCUUCUGAACCUGGCGAAACAUCCAGCCUCCACAGUGCAGAUCCUCGGAGCAGAGAAGGCUCUGUUUAGAGCCCUUAAAACCCGCAAAGACACCCCCAAGUACGGUCUCAUCUACCACGCCUCCUUAGUGGGUCAGACCACCGCUAAGAAUAAGGGCAAGAUCUCCAGAAUGCUGGCAGCUAAAGCAGCCCUGGCGAUUCGUUAUGAUGCCCUGGGAGAGGACACGAAUGCAGAAAUGGGAGCAGAGAAUCGCGCCAAGCUGGAGGCCAGGCUACGCCAGCUGGAGGAGAGAGGAAUUCGAAGAAUCAGUGGAACUGGCAAAGCAAUGGCAAAGGCAGAUAAAUACCAACACAAGAGUGAGGUGAGAAUUUACGAUCCAUCAGCCGAUUCCACUAUUCCUUCCACUUCAAAGAAGAGGAAGUUUGAGGAGGUGGAGCAGGAGGAGGAGGAGGAGGCUGCUGAGGAGCCAGUAACGCCGGUGGUCAAAUCCAAAAAGGCCAAAAAGGAACCAGUAGCAGAAGCAGCAGUCGAAGAAGAAGAGGCAGCAGAGGAGACUCCCAAGAAAAAGAAGAAGAAAAAGAAGGACAAGAAAGCAGAAGCUGAAGCCGAGGAAGCAAAGGAGGAGGAGGAAGAGUUAGCAGUAACAGAAUCAACAGAAAAGAAGAAAAAGAAGAAAAAAAAGAAGGUCAAGGAGGAGGAAGAUGAUGACUGAAAAAGUGCAGAGUGUAUAUAUUUUUUGUUUUAGCUUUUAUGUCAUUUUAGUUGUGUGUCAUACAUUUAUAUCAAAUUAGGGCAAAGGUGUGUUGAGUGCCUGGUUUCUGGACAUCAAAGAGUUAAUGUUUAAAGAAUAAAAUCAUAAGACCUCUUUUUAUAACUGAGAGUAACUUGUGGUUCAAAAUCUCACCGAGUAUCUCCAGUCAUAAAAUGAGCGAAAAAUGUAAAUUUGUAUUUUCUUUUUCUUUUUUAAAGAUGUGAAAUAAGUUUGUAAUCUACUACAGUGAUUUUUAUUUGUGAACACAUCUGUAUCAGACAUGUCUCAAAUUCAGCACAGAAGAAUGAGUUGAUAAAAGAUUUUGCAGCUCUGUUUUUAAAUUGUCCAAGACUGAACAUCCGCCCUGGUAAAAUAAACAUUUUUUGCUAUAA